CUCCGCCAUGUCCUGGGUGCCGAGGGGCGCCGCCAAGAGCGUCCCCAUCGAGGCGGAGCCGCCCACCAAGGAGGAGAUCGAGGAGGCCAUGAAGAAAAUCGCCCUCGGCAGAGAGGCCGGGAGCGACGCCGACGACGCCGACGGGGACGAGGACGACGACGCCGUGAUGGAGGUCGACGGCGCCGAGGACGAGGAGGUCGACGAGGUCGCCCAGGCCAAGGCCGCCGCCAAGGCGCUCGGGACCAAGAGCAGCUCGGCCGCCGCCGUCGGCGACGUUUCCGACGGGCUCGCCGAGCUCAACAUGGACGCCUACGACGAGGAGGAGGACGGGCUCGAGCUUUUCAGCACUGGGUUGGGGGACUUGUACUACAAGAGCAACGAAGAGGACCCCUAUAUCAUCAAGAAUGACGACGAUGAUGAUGGCGAGGACGACGAUGAGGAGAUUGAGGACAUGACUAUCAAACCUACUGAUAUAGUGAUUGUUUGUGCGCAUAACGAGGAUGAAUUCAAUUCUCUCCAGGUCAGUAUAGUGGAAGAACUGGAGGAUGGGGAUCCUAAUAUGUUUGUGCACCAUGAGGUCCCUCUCUCAGAUUUUCCGCUCUGCACAGCUUGGAUGGAUUUUAACCGUCAGGAUGGCGAACAGAAAGGAAAUUUCAUAGCUGUUGGCACCAUGGAUCCUACAAUUGAAAUAUGGAACUUGGAUGUCGUCGACGAGGUCGAACCACAUUAUGUGCUAGGAGGAGUUUCAAAAAAGAAGAAGAAAGUUAAGGGGAAAAAGGGAAAAACAUAUAAGAAGGGUAGCCAUAGAAGUUCUGUGCUUGGUCUUGCGUGGAACACGGUGGUGAGGAACGCUCUAGCUAGUGCAAGUGCAGACAAAACUGUGAAAGUUUGGGACUUAAGUGCUGGUAAAUGUUUAGUCACACUGCAACAUCAUGAUGACAAGGUUCAAUCAGUUGCCUGGAGGUCACCUGAAGUUCUUCUCAGUGGAUCUUUUGAUAGAACAAUUGCCAUGACAGAUAUGAAAGACAGUGGACAAUGUUGCCAUAAAUGGCCUGUGGAAGCAGAUGUAGAGAGCUUAGUUUGUGAUCCACACAAUGAACACUCGUUUGUGGUUAGUCUUGAAAAUGGGAUGGUUCAAGCGUUUGAUAUUCGGACAGCUUCAUCAAAUUCAAAUCCUGGACAACCGAUUUUUACUCUGCAUGCACACGAAAAGGCCGUUUCUUCCAUAUCCUUCGCGCCUUCUACCCCUAACUUUCUUGCGACUGGUUCAACCGACAAAAUGGUGAAGCUCUGGGAUCUAUCGAACAACCAGCCUUCGUGCGUCUCGUCGCUGAAUCCUAAGCUUGGAGCUAUAUUCUCGGUGUCGUUUUCGAUUGACAACCCCUUCCUGUUAGCGUGUGGAGGAUCGAAAGGCAAACUGAAGGUCUGGAACACGCUGUCGGAACCCGCAGUGGCGAACAAAUUUGGGAAGGGGCGGCAAAAUGCACCAGCUCUGCGAAACGACCCUCCCACAGAAUGAUGGGCUCGACGCUAUGUGAUAGGAUAGAUUUUUCCGCGUUUCAGUUUUGUUACUGGGUGAAAUGUAAUGGGAGCAUGGAUUUAUUUAUAUAUGUACAACCAAACGACAGCAGAAAUGGAUCUGUAGUGAGAGUUCGCAGUUUGUCAUGGAAUCCGUUUUAUUUGGACCUAGAAAAAGGAAGUCAAGUUAGCUGUUUUAUACUCCCUCUGUUUCAAAAUGUAAGGUGUACUAGUUUUCAGAGAAUUCAAGUUAGCUGUUUUACA